GUCGGCCUUCACCAGCCAACACAUCGCACCCCAGCUCACCAUGCUGUCCAACGCCUGGACGCAUACACCAGAGGAUGCGCUCGCUUUUUACGGCACCGACCCAAAGACGGGUCUGACCGAGGAGCAGCUUGGGCGCAACCGUGCGCUCUACGGCGACAAUGUGCUUCCCGACUCGGCGCCCACCUCCCUGUUCAAACUCAUCCUCGCCCAGUUCCAGGACCAGCUGGUGCUCAUCCUCCUCGGCUCGGCGGUCGUAUCGUUCGUCCUCGCUCUCUUCGAGGAUGUCAACCAGCCCGGCGCGUCGUGGAUGACGGCCUUUGUCGAGCCCCUUGUCAUUCUUUUGAUUCUCAUAGCCAACGCCACGGUCGGCGUCAUCCAGGAGACCAACGCCGAGAAGGCCAUUGACGCUCUUCGCGAGUACUCGCCCGACGAGGCCCACGUUCUCCGCUCCGGCAGACUCAUCAAGGUCCCCGCCUCCGAGCUCGUCCCCGGCGAUGUCGUCUCUGUCCACGUUGGCGACCGCAUCCCCGCCGACUGCCUCAUCCUCUCGUUCUCCUCUUCGUCGUUCCGCGUCGACCAGGCCAUGCUCACCGGCGAGUCCAUGUCGGUCGGCAAGACUGAGGGCCCGAUCCGUGACGAGAAGGCCGUCAAGCAGGACAUGACCAACAUGCUCUUCUCGGGAACCACUGUUGUCAACGGCGCUGCCCGCGCUCUGGUUGUGCUUACUGGCGAGCGCACCGCGCUCGGCCAGAUCCACCAGAGCAUCUCCAAGGACGACGAAGAGGAGGAGAAGACUCCUCUGAAGCGCAAGCUCGACGACUUUGGAGACCAGCUUGCCAAGGUCAUUUCCGUCAUCUGCAUCGCCGCCUGGCUCAUCAACAUCCGCCACUUCUCCGACCCCUCGCACCACGGCUGGCUCAAGGGUGCCAUCUACUACCUCAAGAUUGCCGUCGCUCUUGCGGUCGCUGCCAUUCCCGAGGGUCUCGCCGCUGUUAUCACUGCGUGUCUUGCGCUCGGCACAAAGAAGAUGGCCAAGAGAGGCGCCAUUGUUCGCAACCUUCCCUCGGUCGAGACGCUCGGCUGCACCAACGUCAUCUGCUCGGACAAGACUGGCACCCUUACCACCAACCAGAUGUCGGUCUCGCGCUUCCUCACCGUCGAGUCGGACAGCGGCAAGCUCGCAGAGUACGCUGUCGGCGGCACUACUUUCGCUCCCGAGGGCAGCGUGACCACCCUCGACGGCAAGCAUGCCGAGCGCUCCAAGGUCCGCACUGCGCCGGUUGACAAGCUCGUCGAGAUCUCGGCUAUCUGCAACGACGCCAAGAUUGCCUACAACGCCGACACUGAGACGUACCAGAACGUUGGUGAGCCUACGGAGGCCGCCAUGAAGGUUCUUGUUGAGAAGCUCGGCUCGGAGGACGAGGGCUUCAACAAGACUCUCGGUACUCUCUCCCCUCUCCGCCGUGCCACCGCCGUUAACGACCACUACGACCAGGAGAUUGAGCGUCUCUUGACCUUUGAGUUCACCAGAGACCGCAAGUCCAUGUCCGUCUUGACCAAGAAGUCCAACGGUGCCGUCUCCUUACUCGUCAAGGGCGCCCCCGAGUCGGUCAUUGAGCGCUGCUCUACGGUUCUUCUUCCCUCUGGCAAGGCUCCCCUUACCGCCGCUCUUCGCGCCCAGCUUGCCGACAAGCAGCUCGAGUACGGCAAGCGCGGUCUCCGCACUCUUGCCCUGGCCUACGUUGACGAGAACGACGGCGAUGUCUCGCACUACAAGUCGAACAGCGCCGACGACUACGUUCGUUUCGAGCAGGACAUGACCUUUGUCGGCCUCGUUGGCAUGCUUGACCCUCCCCGCCCCGAGGUCCGCGACGCCAUUGCCAAGUGCCGCGGCGCUGGUAUCCGCACCAUUGUCAUCACUGGCGACAACAAGAACACUGCCGAGACCAUCUGCCGUGAGAUUGGUGUCUUUGGCCCCGACGAGGACUUGACUGGCAAGAGCUACACUGGCAAGGAGCUCGACGCGCUCGGCCACGAGGAGAAGGUCGCCGCCGUCCAGCGCGCUAGCCUGUUCUCUAGAACUGAGCCUACCCACAAGCAGCAACUGGUUGACCUCCUCCAGGGUCUUGGCCUCGUCGUCGCCAUGACUGGUGACGGUGUUAAUGACGCCCCUGCGCUCAAGAAGGCCGACAUUGGUAUCGCCAUGGGCUCGGGCACUGACGUUGCCAAGCUCGCCGCCGACAUGGUGCUUGCGACUGACAACUUUGCCACCAUUGAGAAGGCUGUCGAGGAGGGCCGUGCGAUCUACAACAACACCAAGCAGUUCAUCCGCUACCUCAUCUCGUCCAACAUUGGCGAGGUCGUAUCCAUCUUCCUCACCGUGCUCCUCGGCAUGCCCGAGGCCCUCAUCCCCGUCCAGCUUCUUUGGGUCAACCUCGUCACCGACGGUCUCCCUGCCACUGCUCUCGGCUUCAACCCUCCCGACAGCCAGAUCAUGAAGACCAAGCCGCGCAACGACCGCGAGCCGCUGGUCGGCCGCUGGCUCUUCAUCCGUUACAUGAUCAUUGGCAUCUACGUCGGCGCCGCCACCGUGUUCGGCUACGCCUGGUGGUUCAUGUUCUACACUGGUGGCCCGCAGAUCUCGUUCCACGAGCUCACCAACUUCCACCAGUGCUCGGCCAUCUUCCCCCACAUCGACUGCAGCAUGUUCACCGGCGAGCCCGGCAAGCGUGCGACCACCAUCUCGCUCUCCAUCCUCGUCGUGAUUGAGAUGUUCAACGCGUGCAACUCGCUCUCCGAGGAUGAGUCGCUCCUCACCCUGCCCAUCUGGACCAACCCCUACCUCGUCGGCGCGAUCGCCCUCUCGAUGGCCCUCCACUUCAUGAUUCUCUACGUGCCCUGGAUGAACGAGCUGUUCCAGAUCGUUCCCCUCAACUGGGACGAGUGGAUGGCCGUCUUGUGGAUCUCGUUCCCGGUCAUCAUCAUCGACGAGGUGCUCAAGUUUGUCAGCCGUCGGUGGGUGAACAAGGUCCGCAAGGACUAGGCGCAAUAACUGGACGGGGGUUGGCGUCGGAUGUAAAAACACAAGACAUUCGUAGAUAGGUUAGAGCUGCGGCGCGAAGGCCGCGGUACAUUUUGAUGCACACAUACAUCUCUAGGA